UUUUGACUUUUUCGCCUCCUGCCUCUCAUCACCAAAUCCCAAGUUUACUAACGGUACCACCGUAGCAAGCGUAGUCAACCAACAUUCGUCAAGACAACCCGCUAACACAUCCCCGCUUAUCCUCUGUACCCACGCCGCUCGCACGUCCACCGGGUCCCCCAUCACGCUUCGACUUUUUUCUCAAAAGACAAUAUGAUUUUAUUCAGUUCUUUUCCCCUGCAACCUGAUUUCGUAGGAGGCGGGAGCCGUUCUGAUGAUACGGAUAUGGAUAUAGAUCUCGAUGGUGACGAGGACUUUGAUUCAGGCGGAUCAAAGCUGACAUGUCCUGGAGAGCCACUAACGUCUGCACAAGACUACAUGCGGGGUCAUGGGACAUAUGUGGAGAACGAAGAGGUCAUUGCGUCCGUCGCAGGCACUAUUGAACGUGUCAAUAAAUUGGUCACGGUUCGAGCCGUCCGGACAAGAUACAAUGCCGAAGUUGGUGAUCUUGUCGUGCAACCUAGACGCUGGAAGGUGGAUGCCAAUUCCCGACAGGAUGCGGUCCUUAUGCUAUCGUCUGUGAACUUGCCCGGAGGCGUACAGCGGCGGAAGCUGGAAAGUGACGAGUUGCAGAUGCGUACUUUCUUCGAGGAAGGCGAUCUCUUGGUAGCAGAAGUGCAAGCGUUCUUCGGCGAUGGAUCCAUGUCGCUACACACAAGGUCUCUAAGCUAUGGCAAGUUACGCAAUGGACAGCUUGUGGUCGUGCCUCCAAUUUUAGUUCGUCGGCUGAAAUCGCAUUUCAUCACGCUGCCGUGCGGCGUAGACCUCAUCCUGGGCCUCAAUGGAUAUAUCUGGGUAAGCAAACAUGUGAAGCAGAGUGAUCAGGCCGUGUAUUCAAACCAAAACGAUGUUAUUGAUGACUUUACGCGAAUUGCCAUAUCCCGUGUUACUAACAUCAUUCGCGUACUAGCAACACGAUUUAUUCCCUUGUCUGAUAUCAUCUUGUUGAAGGCGUAUGAAUGGGUCGUGGAGCAGGAGAGUGGCGUAAAAGACCUUUUGCAAGAGGACAUCGGUGACGCUCUCGUAGCGAGUGUCACCGCUGGAGGCUGAUUACAUAGGCAAUGUAAUAUUCAAGUGUACACGCGAAAUG